GACAACUAGGAGAACUCUCGACCCCACAGGCCCGCCAGGCCCGCGAAACGCCAACAGCGCACUGUUGUCCAGAGUAAUCGUCAAGAUGGAGGUCGAUCGAAAGCGUCGUUUGGCCGCGAUGGCCGCAGCGUUAUCUUGCGAUGAAGAUGAGUCGUGUGGGUCCAAGAGAUCGCUUUGGAUGAAAGACUGGAUGUGCAGAAAGGAACGCGGUAUGCAAAACCAACUUUACGAGGAGCUCCUCGACAGCGAUCCCGAGGAGUACCGCAGGCUGCUGCGCGUCAGCCGCGAGCAAUUCCUGCAGCUGCUGUCUCGCGUGGGACCCAGAAUAGCGCGGCAGGACACUGUGAUGCGGCGAGCAAUUCCACCAGAGACACGGCUACAAGUCACUCUUCGUUAUCUUGCAACGGGAGAGAGUCAUCAUUCAUUAAGCCGUCAAUUCAGGCUUGGACACUCAAGUGUCAAUGACCUCAUCCAUGAAACGUGCACAGCACUCUACGAAGAGCUGAAGGAGGACUUCAUAAGAACUCCAAAGACCGAAGAGGAGUGGCUGGAUGUGAUCAGUGGUUUCGCCCAGAAAUGGCAAUUCCCAAACUGUGCCGGUGCACUCGACGGCAAGCACGUCUGCAUCUGGAAGCCACCAAACUCUGGAUCUGUCUACUUUAAUUAUAAGAAGACCCACAGUAUCAUACUCUUCGCUGUGGUAGAUGCAAACUGCAAAUUCAUCUACACCGACGUCGGUGCCCCGGGAUCACAAGGAGACGCCGGCAUCUGGCAGACUACACCGUUACAACGAGCUCUGGCAAGCAAGAAGAUCCAUCUGCCAGAGCUGGUGAAGGUAGCAAGCUCACCAGACAAGUUUCUGCCCCCCGUUUUUGUGGGCGAUGAUGCAUUUCCUAUUGGAAAAAAUCUCAUGAAGCCGUUUGGUGGCACAAAGCUCACGGAAGAACAGCGGAUAUUCAAUUACAGGUGUUUGCUGACAGUGAUAAAUGCCAUUCCCGAAAGGGCCACUGCCAUCGUCAAUGCUGCAUGUGUCCUGCACAACUUUCUCAGCAACGACGUGCUGCCCCAACAAGCAUCAAUGGCAGAUGCAGAGAACGAACGCCGAGGUCGCCCAACGUUUUUCAGCUUCCCAGCAUCGCGUGGACGUGCUAGCACAUUUGGCGCUGCAGUGAGAGAGGACAUGUGUAGUUUUUUCAAUGGCAGGGGUGCUGUGUCAUGGCAGCGAGAGGCCGCCUACGUUGAGUUAGACAAACACUGCACACGCAGACCGAAGAAAGGAGUGCAGACAAAAAGAAGCAAGUAA